AUGGCUUCAACUAUUUUCAUUACUUUUGGCGAUCGCACAGUCAUUGUCGCACGCCCCGCGACGUACCAGCACCUUCUUCGAGAACCUGGUAAUUCGCUUCCGGCCUCUGCUCGCCAAUGGUACAUUACAUGGCGAAGGAGACAUCGGGGCGGCCUUAGCCGACCUCUAGCCACUAUUCAAUGUGGCGUCAAGUCGACAGCGCAACUCGCUUUUGGCGAUCGCACGGUCAUGGUCGCACGCCCCCAAACGUACCAGGACCUCCUUCGAGACACCAGAUCCCACUACCCGAUGAUCGCCUCGGUGCAGAACCUAGUAUUUCUGUCCCAGCCGUUGCUUGCCAACGGUAACUUACAUAACCAAUGGGCCCAGGUGGACCCGACUGCCUAUGGUGCCAUCCAUGAUGGUGCUGAAAUUUUCAUCAAUAUCCGUCCCACAGACGGCCUUGGAAACCCUCUCCCCGCGGAUGGCGAGGCGUUGGACCAACAUGUGAACACCAAAAGAACAGCACACCCCGAGUCGAAGUUUCUCGCAACUGCCGAGCAAGCUAAAGAUGAUGCAUUUUCCGCAGUGUCAACUACCCAAUGA